AUGACGCCAUCACAGAGAGCCCGGUGUGCAUACGAGGCGCGUGACGGUAAAUGGAGAAAUACAGAUCCUCCUGUUCCAUCGUUGAAGCAUGCAGGAGGUCAACCCCAACCAUGGCCUCUUCACCCCCACCCUAAGGUACAGGUCCUGAAGUCCCACUUCCCUCCUCCUCCACCUCCUCGUUCUCACCUCCCUUUUUUCCACACCCGGCACGCAGAGGAGAGCGCUGAGAGGCCACGCUUGGUCACUAUCGUCCGUCCCUGUGGUCAGAGUACACUACGAAAGGUAACAGUCCUCUUGAACCGCAGAGGUGUGGUAUCCUUUGAGCAGCUGCUAUUGGAUAUCUCUGAGGCGUUGGGGUUCCCUCGCUGGCACCGAGCCAGAGUCACACGCCUCUACACCACCCACGCACGAGAGGUUAGGGGAGUCUGUGAUUUCUUUAGAGGUGACGUGGCCUUCCUGGCUCUGGGUAAAGCUCGUCCUGAUCUGAUAAGUGUCCAAGAGGCUCUUGAGGAGUUGUUUCCAGAGCAUUCUGACUUCUGCGCUGACGCACUGAGAGCCUGGGAGAAAAGACUGCGUCCAGCACCUGAUAAAGCAGCCAAGGCCGACAGCGGCUACAGUGAGGGGACUGACAGCAGUGAGACACAAACAAAACAGGAGUCGGGCCACGACACGAACAUACACGUCAAAAAUAAAACUAAUACAGACGCAAAUACAAAACUGUCUCAUCAUGUAGAGACACAGCAGCCUGAGAAGAGUCAGAAAAAGAACUCUAGUAGGAAACCUGCUCACAGACCAAACCACCUGCAGAAACUAUGUGUGAGAGGAGGGGUCAGGACGAGAGCGCCUUCUGUCAUUGGUCCAUUCAAACAUGAGGUAAUUCUGAGAGAAGCAGACAUACUAGCUCCUAAUCUGUGUGAAAACUGCUUAGCAAGGAGAGCCAAACAUCAGGCGCCAGAGCGGCUCAACGGAAAGGUCCCUCUUCCUCCUCUGUCCAGGAAGCAGAAAGGAAGUUGUCAUACAGAACAGGAAGUGAGAAAAGUGUAUGUUCAUAUAAGCCCUUCUUCUACUCCUCCUCCUCCUCAGCCCAUCGGCAAAGAGGAGAAAGUAAUUCCUCAGUUACAACUCCUAAGUCCUCUUCCAAAUGUGGGGGAGACCUUUAACCUUCCUUCAGACGGCAGUGAUGUCACUCUCACUGAUAUCGAACGUUGCUACGAAAUCGGACGCGUUGUUGGAGACGGCAACUUUGCAGUGGUGCGGGAAUGCCACCGUCGUGACAACGGGCAACCCCUUGCUGUGAAGAUCAUCGAACGCUCCAAGCUGAUUGGUCGGGAGCACAUGAUGCAAAAUGAACUGAGUCUCCUAGGAAGCCUCUGUCACCCCCGCAUAGUGCGGCUGUUCGCACACCACCACACUAGCUCUCACUCCUACCUGGUGAUGGAGCUGGUGAGUGGGGGGGAUCUGUUCGAGGCCAUUAGUGAGAGGGGGAAGUUUCCGGAAGCAGAGGCAGGAGUGAUGGUGUCGGACGUGAGCGAGGCCUUGAACUUCAUUCACUGCAAAAGUAUCGUCCACAGAGACCUCAAACCAGAAAACCUGCUGAUAGAGCGUGUCGGUGCUGACAUCUGCAGGUUGAAGCUGGGAGACUUUGGUCUCGCCAUGGUUGUUACUGAACCGGUCUUCACCAUAUGUGGGACUCCCACAUAUGUAGCCCCAGAGAUUCUCUGUGAGUCAGGUUAUGGUGUUGCAGUGGAUGUUUGGGCUCUUGGUGUUAUUCUUUACAUCCUGUUGUGUGGAUUCCCUCCAUUCCGGAGUCGGGAUCGAGACCAGGAAGAGCUGUUCCAGCUAAUAAAACAGGGGCAAAUCCACUUCCUGUCACCCUACUGGGACCCCAUCUCAGAAGAAGCCAGAGGCCUGGUCCGAGCUCUGCUUCAGUCUGAUCCCACAGUGAGGCUGACAGCUCAGCAGACCUUGCUACAUCCCUGGGUAAAAGCUAUGGUUUCAACCUGCAGGCAGGGGGAGCUCUCAGACAAAACUCAGAGGUGCAAAGCUGCUGCGGGAGCAGGACCAGACAGAGACCAGGGACAUGUCCAGACCAAUCCAGCAGAAGCUGACACAGAGGAAACACCAAGACGCAGCAUCAGUGAUGGAAAAAUCCCACACGAAGAGAUCAGCGAGAGACAGGCUGACAUCAACGCAGGAAAAGGAGAAGAAAUGCAACAAAAGACAAGUGCAGUUAACAAAAUAUCCUCUCAGUUCAAAGUGCACACGAUGUCAGUGGUCACACCUGAUCAACAGAGACCAGAGAGCCCUGCUGAAACACCUGAUGGGGGGCACAGCAGACUGGAAAAGCAAGAUGAAAGCCCCUGUGAAACUGGCCUGGGUGAUGAACUCAGUAAACUCAGUGAUCCUAAAGAUCAAACUGAACCUUCGGCUGAGAUUAAAGGACCUUCAAGUCCAACCAGUCAGGAACAAGAAAACAACAGAGACCUUUAA